UGACAAACCACAUUGCCCUGCCCCCUAGACUUCGUCAUGUUUAAUAUAAAAGCUAACAAACUGAGUAGCUGAACAAAUUUGCUACAGCAGCAACUGAACAGUUUUGGAGAAUACCUGAAGUACAAGGAUGCCUUUUCCUUACGCUUUCAGAGACUGCAAAGCUUGGGAGUCUGACGGCCUUACUCUCUCUACAACCAGUAAUGAAGCCUGCAAACUAUAUGAUGCAGCACUGACCCAAUCUAUUGCUUGGUAUAAGGAUGAGACUAUUGGUGGACUACCAGAUUGUCUAUCCAAGAUGCUGAAAGAAGAUCCAGACUUUGUUAUGGGACAUGUUCUUGCAAAUGGCCUGGAGCUCAUGGGGACUGCACGUUCUGCAUUAAAAGAUAAAAGCUUUUCUGCGACCUUUGACAACAUUGUGCAACUUUCAAAGAAACAGACCAUCACUGAACGAGAGCAGCUGCAUGUUUCUGCAUUGGACUUUUUUGCUAAAGGGUCCUUCCCAAAGGCAUGCAGUAUAUGGGAGAAGAUUCUUGUGGAUUAUCCAACUGACCUUAUGGCUCUUAGGUUUGCUUAUGUCGCUUAUUUUUGCAUGGGAUACCAACCUCAGUUGAGGGAUUGUGUGGCCAGGGUUCUUCCCCACUGGGGUCCUCAUUCACCACUUUAUGGAUAUUUAAAAGGCAUGCAUGGGUUUGGACUUGUGGAAACAAAUUUUUAUGACAGAGCAGAAAAGGAGGCUAAAGAGGCCCUGGCUCUAAACCCUGGCGAUGCCUGGUCUGUACAUUGCAUGGCUCAUGUCCAUGAAAUGAGAUCUGAUAUUGACAAAGGUAUCAAGUUUAUGGAGGAGACUGAGAAUAACUGGAAGAACUGUGAUGUAAUCGCUUGUCACAAUUACUGGCAUUGGGCACUGUACUUAAUUGAUAAGGGUGAUUAUGAAGCUGCCUUGAAAAUCUAUGAUGAUAAGAUAUACCCUGGUUGCCUCUCUUUUGGUGCCAUAUUGGAUUAUACAGAUUCUUCCUCAUUUCUCUGCAGAAUGGAGAUGGAAGGUGUGGAAGUGGCAGACCGCUGGAAAGAUGUGUCACGCCUCACUAAAAAACAUGUUGAAGACCACGUUCUGCUGUUCAAUGACUUUCACUUCCUCCUUGCUGCACUAAGAGGGAAAGAUGAUGAAUCAGCAACUCUUUUGAUGAACACUUUAGAAGAAUGUGUGAAAUCGCCAGGAGAAAACCACAAUUAUACCCUGGGGAAAGAAUUAGGAAUCCCCCUGUGUAAAGCUGUGAUUGAAUACGAAAGUGGUAAUUACAGCAAGGCAGUGGAGCUACUGCAUCCUAUUCGUUACCAGAUAGUUUUGAUUGGAGGAAGUAAUGCACAGAGAGAUGUCUUGAAUCAGUACUUAAUCCAUGCAGCCAUGAAAUCGGACAAUAAGUCACAUAAAAAGCUUGCAAGAUGUCUGCUAUUGGAGCAAGAAAACCUCAAACCAAAAUCUUGUCUGAUUCAGAGACUCAAGAAAAAGGCAGAUGACCAGCUUGCGAAUUAAUACUGCAUUUAAAUUUACUUGUGAUCUUUAUUGUACACACAUAGAUCUACUUCUAUAUAUUUUUAAUUUGUAUUUUAUAUUUCUAAUUAAAAUCAAUCAUAAAAUUUCUGAGCAUUGCAAAGCUGAAUAUGGUUGUGGCAGCAGAUACUAACGUUAUCUUUGUAUCUAUUGUAUCAUGAAUCAAAAAUUAGUAAUAAUUUUAUUAUUCUUGUUUAAUCAAUUUUAGAUUUACAUUUUCAUUCAUUCAUACUGAGUAUGCUUAAGUAUGUGUUUGAAAUACUUAUCCUCAGAUUAGUUUUAUACAUUUAAGUAAGUCACAGUUUUAAAAUGUUUGUGACCAGAUAUGGGAAUGAGAGGAGAGUGACUGCAGAGAAUAGUUAGGAUGCCAGCCAGGUCAUCCCAUUUAUUACUUGUCUGGAACUUAAGUUGUCACUGGUUAGCAUUCAAGAAAGUAAGUAGCCCGUGGGCAAAGAACCUAACAAGGGAAAACUUUUAUCAAUUAAGAACUGUCUGAUGAGCUUUUAGGUUCUUUAGGAGCUCCGUCUGGUGGUCUGCUCAGACUCAAAAGAUGCCUCCUUCCGGACAACUGGGCUUCUUAUAUCAUGGGAACUAAAAGAGGCGGGGUUAGGUGCACUUGCAGGGUGGGGUUUCUGAACUGCAGGGAGAAAAUAAGAAAAACAGUUAAUGACAACACCCCCUCUCACCUUAUCACAGACCUUGAGUGAGCUAGCGAGGUCGUCCUCAGAUGCACAUGCAUAACAGAUUUCAGGGUUGCCUAAUCCUGGUCCUGGGUGGCCAAAGUGAUUGCAAGCUUUCACUCAACCAGUUGUUUGAUUCAAAAUCAAUCCUUUGUUUUUUUAACUUCUCUUUUAUCUAGAUGAUUUUUCACCUUAGCUCUCUGCCUGCACUCUACAAAAUUGAUAAUACUAUGAUUUUAAUUCUGUAAAAAAACUCAUUUACUGCCAUUGCAUUUACUCUAUACAAUAGGAUUCAGUUCAGUUUCUGUUUUUUAUUUGCUUCAUGUGCAUUCAGGUGCUUAAUGUAAGUGUCAUGUUCUUUUUCCUGAGCCAAAAGAUAAAUAACAAUGAGGUGUGAUACUAAAGGAGCCAAAAACCACUGGUACCAUUUGCAAGUUCUGAAUGUGUUCAUCAUUAUUUGCUUCUAAAUAAAUCAUUACAAUAUUGAAAAACUGA